AUGCAGAGGACCGCGGAGGACGCCCCGCGCAGCGACACGCAGUUCGCGGACGCGUCCGCGGACGCGGGUCCUGCGGCGGGCGUCGUCUCGCAGGGCGCCGUCGCCGAGGCGAGCGAGCCGUACUUCCACGUGCCGCCACGAAAGCAGAACGUCAAGCCCGCGUCCACGGGCAUGCCGCCGUGGAUCUGGGCGAUGGGCGGCGCCCUUGUGGCGGUCGGGGUCACCAAGGUCGUGGAUUUCACGAAGCGCGGGCCGGCGGACAUGCAGGCGAAGAUGAUGCAGCAGAUGAUGGAGCAGAUGGCCAAGCAGGGCGACGCGGGCGGCGCACCCAACCCCUUCGGCAUGCCAGGCAUGGGGGGCAUGCCUGGGAUGGGCGGCAUGCCUGGGAUGGGUGGCGCUCCGAGCGGGUUCACGGACACCACCGCGACGCCCGCGCAGAGCGCCCCGGCGUCGACGCCCAGCCCCGCACAGAGCGCGCCGGCGUCGUCGUCGCAGACCACCACCGCGCAGAGCGUGGACGUGACGGCGACGAAGACGGAGACGAAGAAGAGCGGCGCGUUCGCCGACGUGUCCGGUGCGAAGUCCACCACCACCAGCACCACCAGCACGCCCCCUCCCAGUGGCGGAGAGACCAAGACUGCGGACGCGUCGGCGGCGGGCGCGGGCGGUGAGAAGCCGCGGAACGCUACGAUGUCGCUGUUCGACCAGAUGCUCAAGGACCCGGAGGCGCAGAAGAUGCUGUACCCGUACCUCCCCGAGCACAUGCGCAACCCCGAGACGUUCAAGUGGAUGAUGGAGAACCCGGAGGUUCGCCAGCAGAUGGAGACUAUGUUUGAGCAGCAGGCGGGCGCCAUGGACCCGGAGAUGCUCAAGGCCAUGGACGGCUUCUCCAUGGAGGACCCCGAGGUGCAGAAGCAGUUCGAGGCGCUGGGGAUGUCGCCGCAGGACCUCGUGAACAAGGUCAUGGCCGACCCGGAGCUGGCGAUGUCGUUCGGGAAGCCCAACAUCCAAAAGGCGAUCAUGGAGGUGUCGCAGAACCCGAUGGCGAUGUCCAAGUACAGCAACGACGAGGAGGUGAUGAAGGUGUUCAUGAAGCUGAGCAGUAUCUUCGGGCCGGGGAUGGGCGGCAUGCCCGGCGCGGGGGCCGGCACCGACGCGCAGGCCAAGAGCUGA